AUGGCCGCAUUCAACGUCACGGCACUCGAAACCCUGGGCUACGAUAACGUGGAGUCUCUCGAUGACCCCACCGACUCGCGAUUUGUGGCACAAGACUGGUCUGCCGAUGCUUAUGCGGAUGAUCAGAUUCAGAGUAAGCUCAACUAUCUUGGCAACCUGGGUGCAUACAACGAGCAAAGCCAGAUCGUGAGCGCAGUUGCUGCUUAUUACACAAACAACCCCAACCCUCCCGUCGAGAGCGAGACUGGAGCUUCUCAGGCCGCAGAAUCCAGUCAAACACAGAGCUGGGGCCAAAACUGGCAGAGUAGAGGAUCGGGAGGUUGGGGCCACCAGAAGGGAGGCCGGCCAUGGCAGAGAUAG